AUGUGCUUCUACGUGGCGCCGUCUUCGGGACCUUCUCAUUCGACAACACCGCACCAUGACGCAGACCUCUGGUGGUACGAACUGCAUAUCACGAAGGCACCGUCUACUUCUACGACCAUCAAUGCCACCUGUGGCCCGAACCAGUCGCAGGGAUUGUGCUCCACCUGGACAAACGAGGCGAGGGAGAGUAGAAAGGUCAAGGAGGGGGGGAAACUAGAUGGACAGGAAAACAAGUGGCAUGUCACUCCACGAGAUGUCGACAUCCACAACCGCGGUACUGUGAGAUCGGGGCGCUUGACGGUCAUUAGCGAGGAAGAGUACAACUCUUGCGGCGACGCUGUGAGGAGACGAAGGGGGAAUAAGUCGAAGAGUAGCGAGAGUGGGCGAUCCAAGGCGACAUCGGGAGGUACGAAGAAGGUGGAACAGACGCUGUUGGAGUGCUUGGUGGCGUGA